AUGGACCUGGCCGGUUUGUGCCUGAAAGCUGGAGUGAAGAAUCUCAGCACGGUGUUUCUCAUGACCGAUGCCCAGGUGGCUGAUGAGAAGUUCCUUGUGCUCAUCAAUGAUCUCUUGGCAUCUGGAGAGAUCCCAGACCUCUACUCUGAUGAUGAAGUUGAAAACAUCAUAAACAAUGUGAGGAAUGAAGUCAAGAGCCAAGGUCUUGUUGACAACAGAGAGAACUGUUGGAAGUUUUUUGUAAAUCGGGUCCGACGACAACUGAAGGUGACUCUCUGUUUUUCCCCUGUGGGAAACAAGCUGAGGGUCCGCAGCAGGAAGUUCCCAGCCAUUGUGAACUGCACGGCCAUCGACUGGUUCCACGAGUGGCCUCGGCAGGCAUUGGAGUCCGUCAGCCUCCGCUUCUUACAGAACACAGAAGGCAUUGAGCCCACAGUCAAGCAGUCGAUUAGCAAGUUCAUGGCUUUUGUCCACACAAGUGUCAACCAGAUGUCUCAGUCUUAUCUGAGCAAUGAGCGGCGCUACAACUACACAACUCCCAAAUCAUUCCUGGAGUUCAUCAGACUCUACCAGAGCUUGCUGCGCAGAAAUGGAGAAGAGCUCAAGUCCAAAAUGGAGCGUCUCGAGAAUGGGCUGCUGAAGCUUCACAGCACCUCUGCGCAGGUGGAUGGGCUGAAAGCCAAGCUGGCCGCCCAGGAAGGGGAGCUGAGGCAGAAGAAUGACGACGCGGACAAGCUGAUUCAGGUGGUCGGCAUAGAGACGGACAAGGUGAGCAGAGAGAAGGCCGUGGCGGACGAGGAGGAGCGGAGGGUGGCCCUCAUCAUGCUCGAGGUGAAGCAGAAGCAGAAGGACUGUGAGGAGGACCUGGCCAAGGCGGAGCCGGCGCUCACGGCAGCCCAGGCAGCUCUCAACACCCUCAAUAAGACCAACCUGACCGAGCUGAAGUCGUUUGGGGCCCCGCCUCCAGCUGUCAGCAACGUCAGCGCGGCGGUGAUGACCCUCACGGCCCCCGGGGGCCGGGUGCCCAAGGACCGGAGCUGGAAGGCCGCCAAGAUCACCAUGGCCAAAGUGGACGGUUUCCUGGACUCCCUCAUCAACUUCGACAAGGAGAACAUUCCCGAGAGCUGCCUCAAGGCCAUCAGGCCGUACCUGCAGGAUCCAGAGUUCCGCCCCGAGUUCGUGGCCACCAAGUCGUACGCGGCUGCUGGUCUCUGCUCCUGGGUCAUCAACAUCGUGCGGUUCUACGAGGUCUUCUGCGACGUGGAACCCAAGCGCCAGGCGUUGAGCAGAGCCACUGCAGACCUCACUGCCGCCCAGGAGAAUCUGGCAGCCAUAAAAGCCAAAAUCACCCACCUUAAUGAAAACCUGGCCAAACUCACAGCCAAGUUCGAGAAAGCAACGGCAGAUAAACUCAAAUGUCAGCAAGAAGCUGAAGUGACUGCAGGCACCAUCUCCCUUGCAAAUCGCCUGGUGGGAGGACUUGCCUCUGAGAACGUGAGGUGGGCAGAAGCCGUGCAGAACUUCCGACACCAGGAGAGCAAGUUAUGUGGAGACAUUUUACUCACCACAGCUUUUGUGUCCUACCUUGGCUUCUUUACGAAGAGAUACCGGCAGAGCCUCAUGGACGGGACCUGGAGACCCUACCUGAGCCGGCUGGAAGUCCCCAUCCCCGUCACCCCGACCCUGGAUCCCCUAAGGAUGCUGACGGAUGAUGCCGAUGUGGCAGCCUGGCAGAACCAGGGCCUCCCGGCGGACCGCAUGUCCACGGAGAAUGCCACCAUCCUCCUCAGCUGUGAGCGCUGGCCCCUCAUGGUUGACCCGCAGCUGCAAGGCAGCAAGUGGAUCAAGAACAAAUACGGCAAGAACCUCCAGGUCACCCAGAUCGGCCAGAAGGGCUAUCUCCAAACCCUAGAGCGUGCCCUGGAGGCUGGAGACAUGGUGUUGAUCGAAAACCUAGAAGAGUCCGUUGAUCCUGUUCUGGGACCCCUGCUUGGGAGAGAGGUCAUCAAGAAAGGACGAUUCAUUAAAAUCGGAGACAAAGAGUGUGAAUACAAUCCCAGGUUCCGGCUCAUCCUUCACACCAAGCUAGCCAAUCCUCACUACCAGCCCGAACUGCAGGCUCAGGCCACCCUGAUCAACUUCACGGUGACCAGGGACGGCCUGGAGGACCAGCUGCUGGCCGCUGUGGUCAGCAUGGAGAGGCCGGACCUGGAGCAGCUGAAGUCAGAUCUCACGAAGCAGCAGAAUGGGUUCAAAAUCACCCUGAAGACAUUAGAAGACAAUCUGCUAUCUCGCCUCUCCUCAGCAUCUGGGAACUUCCUGGGGGACAUGGCCUUAGUGGAGAACCUGGAGACCACCAAGCAGACAGCCGCCGAAGUUGAGAAGAAGAAAGUCCAGCGAGGCGGGAUUCCUGAGUCGACCAGCUCACACCCUGUGUUAGGGAGUUCCCACCUUCUGGGAGGUGCGUUUGACAACUCAACUCCAUGGAAGUCUGAUGAGCAUUAA